UGUUCAUGAACAACUGUUGUUUUCUUGUCUUUCCGUGCAUAUUUCUUCUACAAGGCAUCUCGUGACAUGGAUACACGAUUUGGGAUUAACAAAGAGCAAAGCGAUUCUACUACUAAAGCAUGGCUUGAGAAGAUGAAAACCCUAUUUAUCAGAAAGGGUUGUGGAUUCUCCUCACGGAGUGUUAUUACAGGUGAUGCAUAUAAAGGAGUCAAUGAGAUUGGACUGCCUUUUGAAAUUGCUCAACGGAUAACAUUUGAGGAGAGAGUUACUCAAUAUAACAUGCAGUAUCUGCAGAAGCUGGUUGAUGAAAAGUUGUGUUUAACCUAUAGGGAUGGUUUGUCAACCUACUCGCUGAGGGAAGGUUCGAAGGGGCAUACUUUUUUAAGACCUGGUCAAGUGGUACAUCGACGGAUAAUGGAUGGGGAUAUUGUUUUCAUCAAUAGACCUCCGACAACGCAUAAACAUUCCCUGCAAGCUUUGUCGGUUUAUGUUCACGAUGACCAUACAGUCAAGAUCAACCCUCUUAUAUGUGGGCCACUUAGUGCUGAUUUUGAUGGGGACUGUGUCCAUAUAUUUUAUCCUCAAUCCCUCGCUGCCAAAUCAGAGGUUUUGGAACUGUUCUCUGUAGAGAAACAGUUGCUUAGUUCUCAUAGUGGCAAUCUCAACUUGCAGCUGGCCACUGAUUCAUUGUUGUCUCUAAAGAUUUUGUUUAAGAACUACUUCUUGGAUAGAGCAGCUGCCCAACAAUUAGCGAUGUUUGUGUCAAAUUCCUUGCCACAACCUGCUUUAUUGAAGACUUAUACAUCCGGCCCUCAUUGGACUGCUUUACAGAUACUACAGACUGCUCUACCUCGUUGCUUUGACUGUAGUGGGGAGAGACAUUUAGUUUGUAAAAGUGAAAUAUUGAGCAUAGAUUUUAGUAGAGAUGUAAUGCAGUCAAUUAUUAAUGACAUUGUUAGCUCUAUUUGCUUUGAGAAGGGCCCGGAUGAGGUUUUGAAGUUCUUUAACUCUUUACAGCCUUUGCUCAUGGAAAAUUUAUUUUCAGAAGGUUUCAGUGUUGGUUUGGAAGAUUUUUCCAUUUCUAGAGUGGUCUUAGAAAAUAUCCAGAAUGGUAUUCAGGAUAUUUCGCCAUUGUUGUAUCAGUUGCGGUUGACUUAUAAUGAACUGGUUGAGUUGCAAUUGGAGAAUCAUUUGCGGCUUCUAAAAGUUCCUGUUGCUAAUUUCAUUCUGAAGUCAUCACAAAUGGGUAAUGUAAUUGACUCCAGGAGUGAAUCAGCCAUUAGUAAAGUGGUUCAACAAAUUGGGUUCUUGGGGUUGCAACUUUCAGAUAGGGGGAAAUUUUACUCUAGGUCCUUGGUUGGGGAGAUGGCUUCUCUUUUCCAGAACAAGCAUCCUUUUCGUGCUAAAUACCCUUCUGAGGAAUAUGGGUUGGUGACAAACUGCCUCUUCCAUGGAUUGGAUCCAUAUCAAGAGAUGGUUCAUUCUAUCUCUGCCAGAGAAGUAAUUGUCCGUUCAUCUAGAGGGUUGACGGAACCAGGAACCCUAUUCAAAAAUUUAAUGGCCAUCCUUCGGGAUGUUGUUAUCUGUUAUGAUGACACUGUGAGGAAUGUUUGCAGCAAUUCAGUUAUUCAAUUUGAUUAUGGGGUUAAGCCUGGAUCUAAGAGUGCCUUUGCUGCUGGUGAACCAGUUGGUGUAUUGGCUGCAACUGCUAUGUCGAAUCCUGCAUAUAAGGCAGUUCUUGAUUCCUCUCCAAGUAGCAAUAACUCAUGGGAGAUGAUGAAGGAGAUACUGCUUUGUGCAGUCAAUUUCAAGAAUGUUCUUUCUGACCGCCGGGUAAUAUUGUACUUGAAUGAUUGUGAUUGUGGGAGAAAAUAUUGUAGAGAAAACGCAGCAUAUCUGGUGAAGAAUCAGUUGAAAAAAGUCAGCCUAAAGGAUAUUGCUGUGGAAUUCUUGAUUGAGUAUGCUCUCUCUUUCUCAUUGCAUAUGUUUGUUAUGAAUACAUAUUAUCAUAUAUAGUGAAUGAA